UGUGUCAAGUUCAAGUGUCAAGCUUCUCUAUCGCGUCUAUGCCGUUUGUAAUAUACCUUUGUCGUUUGUAAUUUAGUUUUUGUAUUAAUUGUUUUGAGUGAAAUCACUAUUGUUAAUACACUAUUAAUUAUGUGUAAGAAUAAUAAUCUAUCCACAAACAUGCAAAGAAAACUGUGAAAUUACGAUUACUUCUCCUGAUUUAUCGAUAAACACUGCAUUCUAUCGUCGCGCGUCGUAUUCUCUUGACUAUAUUUUAUUAUAUCGCUUAUUUACAUUGCAAGUUGAGACAAAUGACACGAGUUGAGCUACACACACAGAUCGAGAUUAUGUGAAACGGAAAUGUGCCUAAAUUCAAUAAUACUCUCGACAAUGAAUAAAAGUAAAAUUGUGUUGUGAAAAGGUACGGACAUUAGUAUCAGAAUGGAGACGGUUUGGGUUAAGCCUGAGCCGUCAUGGGAGGGGUACGAGCCCACGCCAGAGACAGGGCACCUUUCAGAAGAAACGCAACCUCCGAUAGAAGACCAGGAAAAAGUGGUGGUAAAACUAGAACCGCCAGAUGAGUAUGCUGAGCAUGACAUCGGACCGCAGUCUCCCAAAGCAGAGGGCUUGAAGGAAUACCCAGUGGUCGUGAAACAGGAGCCUCUGGAGGGUUUUGUGAAUAUUACAGUGGAGAUGGACUGUGUGAGAGAGCCAGAAGAUCGUAAUCUCGAGCCCGAUUACGCAGGCGCAAGUGAGAGCGUCCGAGCCUCGCAGGCAGAGUUCGAAACGUCACAAAUACCGAAAAAAAAAGGGCCCUCUCGGCACGGUGCCCGCUCCGCCGCUGAUCUCGCAGAAAGGAACCGCGAAGCGAACGAAGUCUCGUGCGACAUAUGCUCAAAAACAUUCAAGCAAGCAAGCAAGUUGAAAGACCACAUCAGAAUACACACCGGUGAAAAACCAUACAAUUGUGCGAUAUGCGAAAAACGGUUCAGACAAUUAAGUCACUUAAGAAGACAUUCUCGUAUACACACUGGAGAGAAACCUCAUGCGUGCGAAGUGUGCAAACAAGAGUUUACAGAAUUGGCUAAUUUGAGAACGCAUCAACGAAUCCACACUGGUGAAAAACCUUAUGCAUGCAAAACGUGUAACAAAGAAUUUGCUGGAUUAAGUUGUUUGAAGCGCCAUGUAAGAACACAUACUGGUGAAAGGCCGUAUUCUUGCAAGAUUUGCGGUAAAGAUUUCACACAAUCGAGUACGUUAAGGCUGCACAUAAGGACACACACAGGAGAAAAGCCUUACCAAUGUGGAACGUGUCUAAAAUAUUUUAGCGGAAUGGACAAUUUGAGAAAACACGAAAGAAUUCAUUUAGGUUUGAAGCGGUUCUCAUGCGAUUUAUGUGAAAAAACGUUUACCGGUUUAAGUACGUUAAAGAGGCAUAAGCGUGUACACACUGGGGAAAAGCCGUACGUGUGUGACGUAUGCAAAAAAGAGUUUGCAGGAUUAGAUAGUCUUGUAAGGCACACUCGUAUACACACUGGGGAACAACCAUACGCGUGUGAAAUGUGUCAAAGAAGGUUCAGGCAGUUAAGUAAUUUAAAGAAACAUAUAAGAACGCAUUUAGAGCAAAAGUUUUACCAUUGUGGUAUGUGUAAAAAGAAGUUUAGAGAAUUGUGCAAUUUGGAAAAUCAUGAACGUAGGCAUCAUAGUGGCGAAACCAGCACAGUUUCGGUUCCGGAAAUUGAUAUUGAAAAUUCUACAUGACUGCGUGUGUGUCUUUCAAACAAUUAAUUUAUUGUUCUUGAAUAAAAACACAUGGUUCAAGUUUUUCAAAGGACGGCAACGAGUAUGUAAUGGUCCAUAGGCUAUGGUGAUUGCUUAUGUGUGCUUGUUUGCUACCGACGUAUAAAAAAUGAACUUAAUAUUGUUGUCAGGCCGUGGGAGGAAACGACAAUAUAGCAAAGCAAAUUUUUUGACCCCUUUGGACAGUAGCUAACAGCAAGGAUAUAUAUAACUCCGUAUAGGAUAAAAAAAGUCUAAGAAAAACACGUGCCUCGAAAAAUCAAGAAAAAAAUAUGCUCGAAUAGAUGGCGAUAUACCCUCGGCCUAUACCCGAGUAGAUGGCGACACCGUUUGAUUUCUAAUAUACGGGUGAAAGAACAUGGGUCAAAUAGCCAUAAGCCAUUCUAAGAGUUUUAGUCCUGUGUCGAAAGAUGGCAGUAAAUUUAGUUGAAUACAAAAUUUACUUUGACAGUACGCCUCUAUACUAAAUUCUCUUUGUUAACAGCAUGUGUUUAUUUAACCCUUUAAACGCCACGCCCUUGACGACGGGCGAUCAAAAGGUUGUUUCUGAUGAUUUAAUAGAAAAUAUGAUAGGUCAGUUGAUAAGGGUUGAAUAAGAAACUAAGGAUAUAGAAAAGGUCACUUUUUCAGUAUGUCCAUAGGAGAGACGUGAAGCUUGCUAUAUGUAAAGCAUACAUAGAUAUUAAGAUUAUUAUGUAAUAAACUAUUUUAAA